UAAAUAAUAUCUACCUGUGCCAGUUAUAAUAUCUCCUUUCUAUAACACUUUCACAACAAUGGACAACUUACAAGAUUCACUACACAAGAUGACAGAGGUUUUCAACACUAAGAUGGCUAGCUUCCGUGAUGAUCUGAAGAAGGUUGACACGCCAGUUACUGUUGCUUCACUAGCUGCCGAAUUUGCAGCAUUUCAAUCCUUCAUCACUGGAACCUUGGGCAACUUACAGCAGCAGGUGGAAUUGGUGGCUAAGCAAAUGGACCACUUUGAAAUGCGGAGCCGCCGUAAAAUACUCUUGUUGCAUGGAGUUCAGGAGCAUAGCGGUGGUAAUUCCAUUCAAGAUGUGGUGAGUGUUGUAACCGAAAAACUAAAAAUCUCCAACUUCUCAGCGAACGAUAUCAGCAGAAGCCAUCGGGUGGGCCACCAAAUUGUUACUGACAAGCCACGACCUAUUCUUGUUAAGCUUCAUGAUCAAGCAUUGAGGAACAAAAUCUGGUUCGCCAAAACUGCACUCAGAAACAGUGGAAUCACUAUAUCUGAGUUUCUCACAAAAGUAAGGCACGAUGCGUUCAUGGUUGCACGGCGUCAUUUUGGGAUUAAAAAGUGCUGGACCCGGGAUGGCUUUGUGGUGGUUGUGGGAGUAGAUGGCACGAAGCACAGAGUUAGCACAUCUGCGGAGGUUUAUAAACUCAUUAACUCCUCGCCGUCUGUUACCGGCGAUGCAUCCAAAGCAAGUAGUGUCUCAACUAUCCCCAAGGCAUCUGCUGCAACUACUUCUCGACCUAAACGCAUGGCAAAGAAAUAGACUAAUUCGCUACCACUGUGUUAUUAUUAUAGUGUUAUGUCCUUCUGCAGUUAUUAUAAGUAUGCAUGUAUUAAACUUAAGGUUAUUUAGUUCAGUGUAAUAUU